CAUGUCUGCUGAACUUGCCGUUGUUUACGCUGCUCUUAUCCUCCAGGACGACAAUGUCGAAAUCACUGCCGACAAGCUCCAAACCCUUGUCAAGGCUGCUGGUAUUGACGUUGAACCCGUCUGGUUCAGCCUUUACGCCAAGGCCCUCGCCGGUCAGAACUUUGGUGAGCUCCUCAUGAGCGUUGGUACUCCCGGUGCUGGUGGUGCUGCUGCUCCUGCUGCUGGUGCCGCUGCUGGCGGUGCUGCUGAAGCUCCCGCUGAGGAGAAGGAAGAGGAGAAGGAGGAAUCCGAUGAAGAUAUGGGUUUCG